UUCGGACAUCAGCUUGAGUUUCGGUUCCGACUUCAGCGACUGGCUCGGCCUCCUCAAGGGCGGGCCGGUCACCAUGGCGACGCCAAUCCUGGGCCGCUCCAGCUCUUGGGUGCGGGUGGGUCCCGGGUCUCCGGACUCCUCCAAGCGGAAGCGCUCGAGGCGGUCAUGCUUCGUAGCUUGCUCUGGCUACUGCUGCUGCUGCCGCUGCGCCCCCCGGGCGUGCAGGGCCACCAAGGUGCCAGGACCCCGGGGCAGGAGGCGGAGGAUUCGGCCCCGUGGCCGAGCAUCCAACGCCUGCAGGAGCAGCUGAGGACAGCCGGGGCCCUCUCCAGACGGUACUGGGCGCAAUUCAGCUGCGCCAUGUGGCCCGAUCACUGUGAGGACCCGGAGACCCCCUGGCCGCCGCUGGGCUGGAGCCUUCCUUUGUGGGGCCGGAGGUCGCUGGAUAUGCUCACCGCGUGGUUCUGCCGCUUUCACGACUGCUGCACCGGCGGGGACUGCAGGAUCUCCAACAACCUGACAGGCUUAGAGUCAGACCUGCGGGUGCGGCUGCACGGCCAGCAUCUGGCUAGCAAGUUGGUCCUAAGCGCGGUGAGGGCCUACCUGGAGGUGCCCGGAGCCCGCAAGGCCCUGGCGCUGUCCUUCCACGGCUGGUCUGGCACGGGGAAGAACUUCGUGGCUCGGAUGCUGGCGGACAACCUGUAUCGGGACGGGAUGAGGAGUGACUGCGUCAAGACGUUUAUCUCCACCUUCCAUUUCCCUCACCCCAAGUUUGUGGACGUGUACAAGGAGGAGCUGCUGAGGCAGAUGCAGGAGACGCGGCGGCGCUGCCACCAGAGCACGUUCAUCUUCGACGAAGCGGAGAAGCUGCACCCCGGGCUGCUGGAGCUGCUCGGACCUCACCUGGAACGGAGGACCCCCGAGGCCGACCGCCCCGAGCCGCCCAGAGCCAUCUUCCUCUUUCUCAGUAAUCUUGGGGGCAGCGUCAUCAAUGAGGUGGUCCUGGGUUUGCUCAAGGCUGGAAGGUCCAGGGAGAAAAUUACAAUGCAGCACCUGGAGACUCCCCUUCAAUCUGAGAUCAUGGAAUCCGCAGACAGUAGCUUUGGCUCCAGCCGCCUCGUGAAGGAAAACCUUAUCGACUUCUUUAUCCCCUUCCUGCCUCUGGAGUACCGCCAUGUGCGGCUGUGCGUCCGGGAUGCUUUCCUGGGCCAAGACCUCCCGUAUACAGAAGAGGCCCUGGAUGAAAUCGCCAAGAUGAUGAUGUACGUCCCCGAGGAGGAGCAGCUUUUCUCCUCCCAGGGCUGUAAAUCCAUUUCCCAGAGAAUCAACCUCAUCCUGCCUUGACGGUGACUCACCGUGCUACCUGAGCUGUCCUCCUCUACCACAGAGACCCUGGAUCUGCCAGGCACCUUGGUGUCCAGCAACCACUGCUCCAGCUAGUGUGCAGGAGGCAGUUCUUAAAACCACUCAGUGCCUUAAAGCCCUGCAUUCUAGACUUUCUAGAAUGUGGGCCACAAGUCAGAAAGCAAGCAGGAGGUCCAAGUGCCAAAGGGUCCACAGAAUGCUCCCAAUGUCUCUUGACUCCAUAGCUCUUCCUGGAAGGUGGCUAGACUUGAGUAUGAACCUGAAGCUGCAGGAUUCUUGGGCUACAGAACAUGGAAGAAGGAAGAUCUGCGGCCCAGUGGGAGUGUGCCCCAGGGGGAGGCUUGGCUGGCUUUGGGGCGGGGGUUGGGGAGUAGUGACUGUGUGUGCGCAGAUCAACCAAGGGCCUUAGACUAAAGGGUAAAACACACACUUUCAAAACAUGCCAGUGACAGUGCUGUGACACAUACCUGGAAAAGAAUUCAAGAAACCUGAGCUGCCUGUGGAGUUUGAGACCAGCCAGCCAGGCUUGAUCAACAAAACCCCACAGCUGUCUGUAGCUAAGGCAUGUUCUGUUCUUCAGAUUGAAUUUUUUUUAGGUGCCUUGCUAAGAAUGUCAUAUGUGUAGAUUAAAUUUUGUAUUUUUCUAACA